AUGAUCACUGAGGCGGCUUCCUCCGCCUUGGUCGUCAGGGCCUCAGGCCUGACCGCGGCCUCUGGCUCCUACCAAGUCUUCUGCAAGGGACUCUCCCGCACUCUGCUUGCCUUCUUCGACUUGGCCUGGCAGCUGCGCAUGAACUUCCCAUACUUCUACGUCGCGGGCUCCGUGAUCCUCAACAUCCGCUUGCAGGUACACUUUUAGAGCCCUGAUUAAAUUGCAGGCGUGAUGGCGGAC